CCCCGGAUAAGCACAUGCCCGCAUCGAAUUGGAUUCACCUCUUUUUGGGGGGAGCACAAUCGGAGAGUGGACUGUGUGACAGUUACAGUGAAUGUGACUGAACCAUGGCCGGCCUCCACCGCCGCUCAUUCGUCCAUGGCCAUGCCCAGCCCGGCCUAGGACUCGUUCGUCUGGUCGCCAGCCUGACGCUUCAAGGGAUUGGAAGUGGUGUUGCCAGUCGGGGCAUCCUUGUCGCAAAGAUAGAGCACACCACGCCCAAUCCCAUCCCGUCACCUUUCGAACACGCCAAUGCGGGCAGACUGACCAAGCUGCUGGUCUGGGCCUGGUCUGGUCUGGUCAGGUCGGGGGUCCAGCAUGAUAAGCCUCUCCCUCCACGGCGAGUCACCAACCCUUUUCGCUGAGAAGGAGAACCAUUCGCCGCAACGUCUUUCUUCCCAGUCGGACGGCCCGAAUCCACGCGUUACCGUAAAACACCUCUCAUAGACCACCGGUCGAGAGACGACACGAUCCUUCGCCAAAGUCGACGACCCCGACACCGAUCCUCGAGCCCAUUGUAGACUGAUUCAUCGCCCCCGAACGACACACACCCUUGACCGAUAGGCAUGCGGUCCUUCGCGGAGCUGACCGACACCUAAAAAGUGACAUCUCGACCUAACGGGAGAGCGAAACGACUUCCACUCUUCCCGUCUCUCGAACCGAUCGACGUGAACCCCUACCCAAUCGACGGCAAAUCCAAAACCUGCGCCUGCGUCUUCCCAAUAGAAGAGAAGAAGAAAGAAAACAAGUUUAAAGAUCCACCCCCGCGCGCGCGAUCAGCGGUGAAGAAACCACACGCUCCUCCUUCUCCCUCUCUCGCCUCCCGGGACCGCGACACGGGAUGGCGCCGUACAACGAAGACGUGGAACUCAGCGCCAUCAAGAUCAAGGAAGACUCCCUCACGCUCGGGAGCAGCUACAGCAUGCGCCGCGAACCCGUCUACGACCCGAGCCCUGCGCCGGGCGUCUUCGCCCGCGUCUUCGAGAGCUUCAAGCGCGACCCGGGCCAGCUGACGGACGACAUGCACCAACGCCAACACCGGGGCGGGUCAAGGAGCAACUCGUCCAUGGACCUGGACCCGGGCCACGAGCGCGUCUUCAACGGCGUGCACUACUACGACAUCCGCCUUGCGAACCUGCAGACGUCCAAUACGCUGCUGAGCAGGAAGCUCAAGGGCAGACAUCUACAGAUGAUCGCCAUCGGCGGCUCCAUCGGCACGGGGCUGUUCGUCGCCUCCGGGCAAGCGCUCGAGGUCGGCGGGCCGGCGUCGCUGCUGAUCGCCUUCACUCUCGUGGGCGCCAUGCUGUAUUGCACCUGUCAAGCCCUCGGGGAGCUGGCUGUUGCGUUCCCUGUGGCUGGUUCCUUCUCCGCCUACUCCACGCGGUUUCUGGAUCCCUCGUGGGGGUUCGCCAUGGGAUGGAACUACGCUUUGCAGUGGUUGAUUGUUCUUCCACUCGAAAUCAUCGCCGCCUCCAUAACAAUAACGUAUUGGGACAAGCAUAUCACCAAGGCCUACUUCGUCACGAUCUUCCUCGUCGGCAUCAUCGCCAUCAACCUCUUUGGCGUCAAGGGAUAUGGCGAAGCCGAGUUUCUGUUCUCCAUCAUCAAAAUCAUCGCCGUAAUUGGCUUCAUCCUGCUGGGAAUAGUGCUCAACUGCGGAGGAACCCCGGACUCGGGCUACAUCGGCGGCCAGUACUGGCAAAACCCCGGUGCCUUUCACAACGGCUUCAAGGGCCUCUGCAGCGUCUUCGUCACCGCUGCCUUCGCCUUCGCCGGCACCGAGCUGGUCGGCCUUGCGGCCGCCGAGACGGCCAACCCGCGCAAGUCGCUGCCGACCGCCAUUAAGCAGGUCUUCUGGCGCAUCACCCUCUUCUACGUCGUCGCCCUCACCCUCAUCGGCCUGCUGGUCCCCUAUAACGAGCCCCGCCUGCUGGGCGCCUCCUCCUCCGCCGACGCCGCCGCCUCCCCCUUUGUCAUCGCCAUCGAAAACGCCCGCAUCGACGUCCUACCCUCCGUCAUGAACGCCGUCAUCCUCAUCGCCGUCCUCUCCGUCGGCAACUCGGCCGUCUUCGGCUCCUCCCGUACCCUCGCCGCCCUCGCCGACCAGCACCAGGCCCCGCGCUUCCUCUCCUACGUCGAUCGCAAGGGCCGGCCCUUGACCGCCAUCGGCGUCGCCUCCGUCGUCGGCCUCAUCUCUUACCUCGCCGACCUCAAGAAGCAGGACCAGGUCCUCGACUGGCUCCUCGCCAUCUCAGGCCUCUCGUCCAUCUUCACCUGGUCCUCCAUCUGCCUUUGCCACAUCCGCUUCCGACGCGCAUGGGCCCGCAAGGGCCACGGCCUGCACGAGCUCGCCUUCCGCUCCCAGGUCGGCGUUCUCGGCUCGUGGUGCGGCCUCAUUAUGAACGUCCUCGUGCUCGUCGCCCAGUUCUGGGUCGGCGCCUUCCCCGUCGGCUACGAGAAGUGGACGCCCGAGGCCGUUGCGCGCAACUUCUUCCUGCGUUACGCCGCGUUCCCCAUCGUCGUCAUCAUGUACAUCGUCCACAAGCUCUACUUCCGCACUGUCUUCAUCCGUAUCGCAGACAUGGACGUCGACAUAGGUCGUCGGGACUUCAACCUCGGCAUCCUCGUCGCGCAGGAGCAGGAAGAGCGGCGGUCGUGGCCGAGGUGGAAGCGCGUGUACAAGUUUCUGUGUUAAAGGAAGAGACAUGAACAGGAGACUUGCUACUUAUGUGUUUAUUUAUUUAUUUUAAUUUCAUUUUUUUUGCCAAAACCGUUGACAAAGGGGAGGCUGUACAAGCAUGAUUCCUUCUCCCGUGGGGUGGAAGGAUACGAGAUAAAGCGAUGGAUGUUUAGCGUGGCGCCUGGACACCAAAUGGAACUACUUUUUGAAAAGGGGUUAUAUCUGUUGGAAUUUUGGGCGGGUUGUUUCUAUUUAUCGCAUGUAGGGUAUGUCACCAACCAAGCAGAGAAUAAUCAUUCCUCGAGAAAGAGGAGGGACUGUCAUAACGAACAUAGAACCAUGGCCUGUCACAGAAUGUCCAUGGACUAGACGUGGGUGGCCAGUAGCAUCAGAGGGUGAUGUUUUACGCAUGUUUUCAACGCACCAACAACAAUGGCCGAGCCGACUAAAUAACAAUGUGGUCUGUUGGAUAUCAUGGGCUUGUUACACAAUACAAGAAUGGUGAAACCUAUCUGCUUUCCUCCUUAUUCCCCCUCCGCCGCCCAUAAUCCAACGGCUCUCUAUCCGUAUCCUC